UCUUCCGGUUCACGCGAGAGGCCGGAAGUUGUGGUCCGCCGCAUCAACCUGGGGAUUGAGGGGGUGGGGGUGCGGCUGUGACCGAGACCGUGACCAUGGGCGGGAAGAACAAACAGCGGACCAAGGGGAACUUGAGGCCAUCCAACAGUGGCCGAGCUGCAGAACUCCUUGCCAAAGAACAGGGAACGGUGCCUGGCUUUAUUGGUUUUGGAACAUCUCAGAGUGACCUAAGCUAUGUUCCUGCUAUUCAAGGAGCUGAAGAAAUAGACAAUCUCGUAGAUUCUGAUUUCCGAAUGGUGCUGCGGAAACUUUCCAAGAAAGAUGUCACCACAAAGUUAAAAGCUAUGCAGGAAUUUGGAACCAUGUGUGCAGAGAGAGACACAGAAGUUGUAAAAGGAGUUCUUCCUUACUGGCCAAGAAUUUUCUGUAAAAUUUCACUCGAUCAUGACCGCCGGGUUCGAGAAGCCACACAGCAAGCUUUUGAGAAACUCAUCCUCAAAGUAAAGAAACACUUGGCUCCCUAUUUAAAAAGUGUAAUGGGAUAUUGGCUCAUGGCUCAGUGUGAUACCUACACACCAGCUGCAUGUGCGGCAAAAGGUGCGUUUGAAGCCGCUUUCCCUCCAAGCAAGCAACCCGAAGCCAUAGCGUUUUGUAAGGAUGAAAUUGCAAGUGUGCUUCAUGAUCAUCUUUUAAAAGAAACACCUGACACGCUCAGUGACCCACAAACUGUUCCAGAGGAAGAAAGAGAAGCUAAAUUCUAUCGAGUUAUAACUUGUUCCUUGUUGGCCUUCAAGAAAUUGCUUUGCCUCUUGCCUGAUAAUGAACUUGAUUCUCUGGAGGAGAAAUUUAAGUUUCUUUUAUCACACAAUAAGUUUUGGAAGUAUGGAAAACACAGUAUACCUCAGAUCCGAUCAGCUUAUUUUGAAUUAGUUUCUGCUUUGUGCCAGCGAAUUCCACGGUUGAUGAAAGAUGAAGCAUCCAAAGUGAGCCCAUCUGUUCUACUUAGUAUUGAUGAUAGUGACCCUGUUGUAUGCCCAGCUCUCUGGGAAGCUGUACUGUAUACACUUACAACUAUCGAGGACUGCUGGACUCACGUAAAUGCAAAAAAAAGUGUGUUUCCCAAGCUGUCAGCUGUGGUCCGUGAAGGUGGCCGGGGCCUGGCUACUGUUAUGUGCCCGUACCUCCUGCCGUUCAUCAGCAAGCUCCCUCAGCCCGUUACAGAUCCAAAGCUGGAUUUCUUCAAAACUUUCCUUACCUCUCUAGUUACAGGGCUGUCAACAGAGAGAAUCAAAGCCAGCGUUUCAGAGUGCUCCGCUGUAGUAGCUGCUUUUUUUGAGUGCUUACGUUUUAUAAUGCAGCAGAACUUAGGUGAGGAAGAGAUGGAAAAGAUGCUUGUCAAUGAUCAGUUGAUUCCUUUUAUUGAUGCAGUUCUGAAAGAGCCAAGAUUGCAAAAUGGGCAGCUAUUUAACCAUUUAGCAGAAACUUUAAGUUCCUGGGAAACCAAGGCAGAUACAGUAAAGGAUGAUAAAAUGGCCCACAACUUGGAGAAAGUGCUGUUAAGUUUCUGGGAAAGACUGUCAGAAGUCUGCAUUGAGAAAAUUAAUGAGCCAGAAGUGGAUGACAAGUCUGUUUCGGGUGUAUCUAGCCUGUUACAGGUCCUCCAGAAGCCAAAGAGCGCAUUGAAGUCAAAUAAAAAAAAAGUCGGUAAGGUUAGAUUUGCUGAUGAGAUACCUGAAAGUAAUAAAGAGAAUGAAAAGGGCAUGUCUUCAGAAGGAGAGAACAGCGAGGGCUCUGAAUUAGUGACUGAACCUGUGUCUCAUAAUCUUUCAGACCUCAUAUCUCCUCUAAGGAAAAAACCCUUGGAAGACUUAGUGUACAAACUAGCAAAGAUGAGUAUUAGUUACAUCAAUGAGCAAACGUCAGAGCAACACCUAAAGUUUCUUUCCACUCUGCUCAGCACCUUCUCUUCAAGCCAGGUAUUUAAAGUGCUACUAGGUGAUGACGAACAGGGUAUUGGCAAAGGUAAAUCUCUUGAAAUAUCUAAACUUGCACAGAAAAAUCCCGCAGUGCAGUUUUUAUACCGGAAAGUAAUCGGCUGGCUAAAUGAAGAUCAGAAGAAGGAUGCUGACUUCCUGAUGGACAUUUUGUACAGUGCCCUCCGCUGCUGUGACAGUAAUACGGAAAGAAAAGAUGUCUUGGAUGAUUUAACUGAGGUGGAGCUGAAAUGGGAUUCUCUUCUUCAGGUUAUUGAAAAGGCGUGUUCCAGUUCAGAUAAACAUGCUUUGGUAACUCUCUGGCUAAAAGGAGACACCCUUGGGGAGAAAUUGGUAAAGUUGGCAGAUCACCUGUGUGACCUGGGCGUGGAAUCCACAGUAUCUUCAGAACCUUAUUUCUCAGAAAGAUGGACCCUCCUAAGCUUGGUAUUAUCCCAGCAUAUUGAAAAUGGUUACUUGAUUGGAGAAGUAUAUGUUGAAAGAAUUAUCGUUAAACUUCAUGAAACUUUAUCCAAAACAAAGACAUUGUCAGAAGCUGAGAAUAACAACUCAUCAUUGUCUCACGUCUGUGAUGUGGUCUAUAAUUAUUUCAGCUCCAUGAAAGGAUGUUUGCUAAUGCCGUCAUCUGAGGAUUUGUUAUUAACUGUCUUUCAGUUGUGUGCUCAGAGCAAAGAAGAAACACAUUUACCAGACUUUCUUAUCUGUAAACUGAAAAACACCUGGCUGUCUGGCGUAAAUUUCUUGGUCCAUCAAAUUGACAAUACAUAUAAACAGAGUAACUUCCUACGUUCAUCUGCUGUUUGGCUCAAGAACCGAGUUCAGUCUUCAUCUUUGGAUGUCAAGAGUCUCCGAGUCCUCUUGUCUACUGUUCACGAUUUCCUGAAUAAACUUCUGGAGAGUAAAGAUCCUGAUCUUCUGGGGGUUUAUAUUGCAAGUGUCAUGCCAGACGACAGUGAAUGGGAGCAGAUGAGACAGUCUCUUCCUAUGCAGUGGUUACACCGGCCUCUUUUGGAAGGGAGAUUGAGUUUGAAUCAUGAGUGUUUCCAAACAGAAUUUGAGGAAGAAGAUAUAAAGACCCUUCCCAGCCAUUUGUGUACUUCAGCAUUGUUGAGCAAAAUGAUGUUAAUUGUACUGAAGAAGGAAGUAGUCCUAGAAAAUAAUGAGCUUGUGAAAAUAAUUGCAGAGCUCCUCUGUUCCCUGCAGUGGUGUGAAGAAUUAGACAACCCGCCUGCUUUUCUGACCGAGUUCUGUGACAUGCUUCAAAGAAUGAAUAUUACGUACGAUAACCUGUGUGCACUCAGAAAUACUUCUGGCCUUCUGAAGCUGAUAUUUACCAGAUCCAAAGCAAGUGGCACCCUUUGGUCUCUUAUUAUUGUUAAGUUGGUCUUUUCUGGAACCAUUACAUCUGAGGACGUGAAACAUCACUAUAGGAAUUCAGAAGACGGUUUUUUCCCACUAACAGAAGGUAAUUUGCAUACCAUUCAAAGUCUCUGUCCGUUUUUGUUAAAAGAAGAAAAGAAAAAAUUCAUUGCUGAAUGUAUACCUGCACUUUUGGCCUGGCCUAAGGAAGAUCUUUACUAUAUUGAUGGAGGAUUUGGAUAUUUUGCCAUUUUCAAUUCGUCUUUGCAAACCAAAAGCAUAGAUGAUGAAGAACUAUUACAUGGUAUACUAGAAGUAAUAAUAUCCUGGAAGAAAAAUUAUGAAGAUAUAUUUCUCUUCAGUUGUAAUCUGUCUGAAGUGAGUCCAGAGACCCUGGGUAUAAAUAUAGAAAUAAUCCGGUUUCUUUCCCUGUUCCUGAAAUAUCGGUCAUCUCCUUUGGCAGAGGAUGAGUGGGAUUUCAUCAUGUGUUCCAUGCUGGCUUGGCUGGAGACGACAAGCGAGAGUCAGGCGUUGUAUUUUGAUCCUCUGGUACAACUCUUUGCCUGUGUCAGCUGCGGCUUGGCCUGUGAUCUCAGUGCGUUUUUUGGUUCCACAACUCUGGACGCUGUUGGCAGUCUUCCUGUGAAUCUAAUCAGUGAAUGGAAAGAAUUUUUUUCCCAAGGCAUCCACAGUUUGCUUUUACCUCUUUUGAUGACUGUUAUAGAAAGUGAAGAUCCAUCUGAAACAUCCUUUCAGAAUGCCUUGCUGAGGCCCAUGUGUGAGACGCUAACAUAUAUCUCAAAGGAUCAGCUGUUGAGUCAUGAACUCCCUGCACAAUCUGUGGCCGGCCAGAAAACAAACUUACCAGACCAUCUCCAGACUUUGCUGAAUACUUUGGCCCCGUUACUCCUCUUUCGAGCGAGACCUGUGCAAAUCGCAGCUUAUCACAUGCUCUACAAGUUGAUGCCUGAGUUGCCACAGUAUGAUCAAGAUAAUCUGAAGUCAUAUGGAGAUGAGGAAGAGGAGCCAGCCCUGUCACCACCGGCAGUGCUGAUGUCUCUUCUUGGCACUCAAGAGGACUUACUGGAAAAUGUUUUGGGGUGUAUUUCUGUUGGACAGAUAGUAACUAUUAAACCGCUGAGUGAGGACUUCUGUUAUGUUCUGGGGUACCUCCUCACGUGGAAAUUAAUACUUACUUUCUUCAAAGCGGCUUCAUCUCAGCUUCGGGCUCUCUAUUCGAUGUACCUUCGGAAAACAAAGAGUUUGAAUAAAUUGCUCUAUCACCUGUUCAGGCUUAUGCCAGAAAAUCCAACCUUUGGAGAGUCAGUUCUUGAGUUCUCAAAUAAGGACCCAAAAACAUUCUUUACUGAGGAGCUCCGUUUGAAUAUUAGAGAAACUGCAACUCUUCCAUACCAGAUUCCGCACUUGGCUUGUUCCGUCUAUCACAUGACGUUAAAAGACUUGCCCGCUAUGGUUAGGCUGUGGUGGAAUAGCAGUGAGAAGCGUAUUUUCAAUAUUGUAGAUAGGUUUACAAGCAAAUACGUCAGCAAUGUGCUUUCUUUUCAAGAAAUAUCUUCUGUGCAAACAAGUACGCAACUGUUUAACGGAAUGACGGUGAAAGCUCGCGCUGCCACUCGCGAAGUCAUGGCUACGUACACCAUUGAGGACAUAGUCAUUGAACUCAUAAUACAGCUGCCUUCCAAUUACCCUCUGGGCUCAGUAACGGUGGAAAGUGGGAAGAGGGUCGGCGUGGCCGUGCAGCAGUGGCGGAACUGGAUGCUGCAGUUGAGCACUUACCUCACCCAUCAAAAUGGGAGUAUCAUGGAAGGCUUAGCAUUAUGGAAAAAUAAUGUUGAUAAACGUUUUGAGGGUGUUGAAGACUGCAUGAUCUGUUUCUCAGUCAUUCAUGGUUUCAACUAUUCUCUUCCCAAAAAAGCCUGUAGAACAUGCAAGAAGAAGUUCCAUUCAGCCUGUUUGUACAAAUGGUUUACGUCUAGCAACAAAUCCACUUGUCCACUGUGUCGUGAGACCUUUUUCUGAGGUACUUUUAUCACUGGAAGUGAUCCCUGAAGUAAAUCAAGUAAAGACAUUGAAUUUGGAUCCAUCCUCAAGUGUCGAUGUGAAGAAGCCAGUGAGCUGUACUUUUAAACAGGAGCGUCUCUGGGAAGUUAUUUUGGUUAAUGUAAUGAUCCUAAAAUCAGGUUUACUUACCUUUAGAUUGCUUUUUAAAUGCUUGGAAACCUUUUCUUUUACAAAAGAAUAUAACAUAUUUGAAAGAAAAUAUUUAUAUUAAUAGUUUAAUCUAUUUGUAUAUUUUAAAAUAAAUAUGAAAGAAACCCUAAAUUACAGAAGUGGAAUUUGUGAAAGCAUUUCACCAACUAUAUUAGACCGAGAAAUCUGUUCAGCUUGUUGAUCUGUGUUGUAGACCAGUCCAGGUGAGGCAAAAUGAACUGAGGGUUAACGAUUUACAUCUACAGAUAAAUUUUAAGACUUGUUAUUUAUUAGUUCGACAACAAAAAUACUGAGAAAUAUUCUGAUAUUUGUAGAUUUUUUUUAAUUAUGAAAAGGACUAAGGUAUUUAAUAUGGCUUUAUCUUAAGCUAUUUGCAGCAUGCUGUGAAAUCCUAUAUAAAAGAGUAAACUGUAAGGUGCCUCUAUUUAUCAAGAAUUAUGAAAUUUAGAAAAUCAAAUUCAUGACACUGACAGUUUGCUUGUGGAAGAAUUUCCAUGUAUGUAUUUGUGGAAUCUGAAUUGCAAACUUAGCAGUGAAUUACGCAGUUUGAAUGAGUCUCCAGAGGGUGAGAAUUUGAGAGAAAUGGGAAUUAGAUUAUUUCAUUCAUGAAGCAGAAAGGUAGUCAUCCCUCUCAUGAGAGGGGAAGUAAACGAGUAUUUCUGAAAUAUAAGGUCUGGUGGAAAAACAGAAAAUUUAAAGGUGUUAUAGAAAGCCCUCAAUUUUGUAAGCAAAAUAUUGCUCUUAUUACUGGCCAAUAAGGGAUCUGUGGGAGCUGAUUCUUCUCAGCCUUCAGAAAUAAAAGUUAAGAAUUUUAAUAGUAAAUUUAGUGUAAGAGGCUGAAGUGGAGUGGGUGAAAACCUGUCUUUUGCUGCAGCAUCAUUCCCCUCAAUAACUGUGCCCAAAAUACAGACGUGUGGACAUCUGAAACUUGGAAUACUUUUAUUGCAGUCUUCCAUUUCAUGGGACUUAUUAGCAUAUGUAAUACCUGGGUUCCUUGAGAUCAGCUGAUCAUUUCUGUUGCAAAUGUUUUAUUGGCAAAAAGCAACCCAUGUUAAAUAAAAUUACUGCUUACCAUCAACUGGGUAACAUGGCUGUUAUUGAAAUAGUUUGAAUAUGGUCACAGGAGUACAGCUGGGAGCAGAGCAUAACGUGUGAGUGUUUCUAGGGGCCGUGUCCCAGCCAGUUCCGUCUGUCUCCUUGUUUUUCCCACGUGGUAUCUGUUAUCUUCUAGCCUUAAGGCUCAAGGAGUCAAGGAGUGAAGUACAGAUAGCAGAAUCCAACUACUUCUUCUUAACCCUGUCCUAAAAUAUUCCCUAUCUUUCUUUCUGAUACAGCAGUCCCAAAGGAUCUUGCUACUCCUUUCUGAAAGUUUUCUUUUCUCUUAAAAAUGGUUUUAUAAGAAGGCUUUGUUUAUAACAUUUUUGGUCUUGGUACUUCCCGGCUUCUGACUCAAUCCCCAAGUAGAAAAGGAAAGAAUGAAACAUUGUUUUUCCACGUUAGUAUUAGGGCGUCAGGUCCCUGGUGAAACACUGCGAUUAAGUGGGUGCCUACUCUUCAUACUUAGAACUCUUGACACGUUUUUUUCAGAUUGGAAAGUGCAAAUGUAAAGCUUGUUACUGUCUGUAUGCUAAAGAAAAAGCUUCCCAAAACAAGACUGAGAUGCAGAUUACCACAUUAAUUAAAGUUUUUAUUUAUGUAGCGUUGACAACACUAACAAAAAAGGGUAGCAUGCCUUGAGAUUUUUGCAUAAAGGACAUUUUGAAAUUGCAUGAAAUUCAAAGCCCAUUAGCAAAUUAUUUAAAACCCUACAUUACAAAUAUUAAAAUUUAUUUUUGACUCAUUUAUCACAGGCUCUAAUAUAUGUAUAUAAGUUUCUGUGACAUAAAACAUAAAUGUUAUUACUUCAUAAGUUUUGUGCUGUGAAUAACUAAUGUUAUUAUUUGUUAUGCCAUAAUUACAAAGUAUUUCAGAUACACUGAAAAAAUAAUAGUAUAAAUGCCCUUGUACUCUUCAUAAACUUUGCCAUACUUCUGAUUUUUAAAGAAAUAAAAUACUCCUCCUCCCUGACCCCAUUCUUCUCCUUCUCUCCGUGGAGCUAACCUAUUAUUUUGGAGUUCCAGUUUAAGAUUUUGGAGCCCUCGUGACGCAGUGGUUAAGAGCUUGGCUACUGACCAAGAGAUCAACAGUGUGAAUCCGCCAGCUGCUCCUUGGAAACCCUAUGGGGUAGUUCUACUUUGUCCUAAAGGGUCAUUCUGAGUCAGGCUCGACUUGAUGAUAGCAGGUUUUUAUUUUAGAUUUUAUACUUUACCACAUGUGUAUAACAGAGUAUUUUAAAGUUUAUAUUCAUAAUAUCCUAUUGUAUAUAAUCUCUUGUAACUUGCUUUUUUACUCAGCAUAACUGCUGCUUAAUGUUUACCAGUCCCCCGCCCCCCACCACCACAUUGGUCAUUUCCGGGGUUUUAUUUUGCCAUUUUGAGCAGUGCUGUAUGUAUACAUUCUUGAUCAUGUUUCCUCAUGCAGAUGUGCUAGAUCUUGUGGCUGUAUGCUUAAAAAUGGCAUUUCUGGCAGUAGGAUACAUAUACCCCUGACUCCAGAUGUUGUCAGAUUGCUCUCCAAAGUGGUGUGCGAGUUCGCACUCCCACAGCACUGUGAGAGAAUUUUCGUUUUCCGGCCUCCUCACCAGCAACUUACUUUAGCAGACUUUUAACGUUUUCUGGUCUGAGAACUGUGAGAUGGCAUCUCUUUGUUUUAAUUUACAUUUCCCUGACUACCAAGGAUCUUAGUUUCAUUUCAGGUAUUUAGUGGGCAUUAGUUGGUGAAUUUACUGUCUAAAACCUAUUCCUGUUUUUCUAUCAGAUUGCUUGUCUUCUUACUCAUCAUAGCGCUUUAUCGGUAGAAGAGCUUCAUUUAUAGUGUGGCUUGUCUUUAAUAUGGUCUGUGGUUAUCUUUAAUUGUAUAGAAUAUUUCAAGUUAAAUUACAGCCAAAUUGAUCAUUCUUUUCCUUUAUGAUUGAGCUUUUUUUGUUAUGUUUAAAAAUUUUGUCCCUUCCCUGGGGUUUAAAGAAAUUCUUCUAUAUCUUGUUCUAAAGUUUUAAACUUUUGAAUUUCAAAAUAUGUCUAAUUCACAUCGAGUUAAUUUUUUGUGACUGCUGUGAGGUAGAAAUCUUAUCCUGUGUUGAUUGCCAGUUCUCGUGGCAUUAUUUCUUAAAUAAUUCAUCCAUUUCUCCUUGACUUCAUAGGACAUCCUCUCUCCUGUUACCAUAUCCCUUUGUGUGUGUGGUUUGAUUUCUGGGCUUUGUGUUCAGUUCCAUUGUCUGUCUGUGCUAAUUGUAUACAAUUUUUUUUCCCUUCAAAAAUAGCUUUAUAAUUAAUCGUGAAGAGCAAGUGGUAGAUGUCUAAUCUUGUUCUUUUUUAAAAUUGUCUGUAUUAUUCUUGACUUUCCUGCAUAUUAAUGUAAGAAUCAUAAUUUACAGCAAAAAAAAAAGUUGGGACUAUAAUUGGAGUUGCACUCUAUUUAUAGUCUAGUGGGAGAGUUGCCAUCUUUAUAGUGUUAAGGUUUCCAUAGUGUUCCAUUUAUUCACAUUUUUUAUGUCUUUCAAUAAAGUUUUAUAGUUUUCUCUACAAAGGCUUGUAUAUUUUGAAAAAACUUUAUUCCUGAGUGCUUUUUAGUAUUAAUUGCUGCUGUGAGUGUGAUGUUAAAAAAUUGUAUUUGUCUUGUCAUUUAAAAGCAACUGUGGUGCUUGCUUCAGCAGCACAUAUGCUAAAAUUGGAACGAUACAGAGAAGAUUAGCAUGGCCCCUGCACAAGGACGACACGCAAAUUCGUGAAGCCUUCCGUAUUUUUUUAAAUUAAUAAAAAAAGCAACUCUGGUAGGCAUUUGGAGCCCUGGUGGCACAGUGGUUAAGAGCUCAGCUGCUAACCAAGAGGCCAGCGGUUCAAAGCCACCAGCCACUCCUUGGAAAUGCUAUGGAGCAGUUUUACUCUGUCAUUUAGGGCUGCUGUGAGUCAGAAUGGACUCAACGGCAAUGGAUUUGGUUUUUUCUUUGUUUAGUGAGUAGGAUUUUUUAUUGCAUUUUUUUGUUGCUAAUUUUUGGAAUCAAGCUGAAGCUUCUUAUAAUGAUACGUAGACGGCUCUCCGACUUCCUAGGCAGUCAAGGCUAAAUUUGUGUCUUAUAUUUUAUUACUUAUAUCUUUUUGAAAGAAACAGCUUUAUUUGUUUUUGGAUUUCCAUUUUCCAGAGGCAGUUUUGCUAGCAUUCCAGCAGUCAUUGGACCAAAAAAACUCUACGCUGAGUCUCUAUGAGAUCGGAAGGCGUUCUCUCUCCUAGGAGCAGAACUGACCGUUUUUAUAGAAUAGAAAGAUUACGUCUUCUUCUAACAACAGAAGAAAAAAUAAAUUCUGUGUUUUUCUAGGAAAGUUUGUGAUUAAUAUUAUAAGGGUUGUUUAAAGCAGCUACGUUGCUCAGAAAACCAUUUGGCUAUUUUGAAACCCAUUCCCACACAGUAUAUUUAGUGGAAGCACAAGCCUUGUCCACUGUCUGGAAUUACCCGUUUUUGCUGUUGGUUUCUUUCCAGCAUCAGCUGGCCUUAAACUUGAAUUGGCCAGAUUGCUAUUGUUUCCUUGUCUUUGAUUAUAUUAUUAUUUUCAGCUCUAGUUUCAUGUAUUUGCUCUUUUUCCAACUCCGUUUUCACAUGUAUGCUCCAUUCAGCUUGCCUUCUCUGUGAGACAGUUUUUUUCUUUUCAUUUCUUCAGAAGUACAGCUCAAGUCAUAUUUUAUCAGCAUAAGAUAUACCUAAUUGUGCUACUAUUUCAAGCAUUGUCAAAAUAAUUUUGACUAUUUCACCAAUCUUUUCUGAAGUACCAGAUAUUCCUUUACACUGACUAUGGAUCCAACAGUUAAAAUACUUUUCUAAAUAAGGAGCAAACACUAUGAAAUAAUUUUUUCCCCUCUAGACUGCACUCUUCCCCUGAAAAAAAGUCAGCACUGAAGAAUUAGUAGAAGGGAACCUUUUGAACAGGGAGAAAAAAAUCUUAAUUAUUACCGUUUUUUAGAUUAAGGGCAGGGAGGGGGAGUCCAGUGUGUGUUUCUUGGGUCUCUAUUCUUGUCGGGGCUUUGAGGGGAACAGGUCCAGGAGUAACUAGCAACAUUACUGCUAAAUUAAACACUCAGCAACUAAAUCCAGAUCAGAAGAACAGCUACACACCCGUCUACUCCAUUGAAAAGCCAGCAUUUUCUCUGCUGCAGGCCUGAAGUCACAGAUCUGAAGACGGUGUCAAGGGAGCCGGUAGAGGCAGUAGUUAACCUGCAGAAACCGGAAGGUCUGACCGUCUUCACGUGCUGAUAGUUCUCAGCGAUUCCUCUUUCGCGGGACUGUAUUCCUUUGAUAGGGGAGAGGAUUUAAGCACAAUCGCUCCACUCAGGACCUGCAACCUUCACCUUCACUUGCCUGGUGGGUGAGACCAGGGUUUGACAUGGAGAUGUUGGGUGUUUCAGGAGUUGAAAGAUGGUGGAAGAAGUUGCAGUUAGCUGGCAUAGCUGCUGUCACUACUGCGAAGGCAGAGUGGUCACAAAUACACCAUGCGGUUCACAAAAGACGAAAACAUUUAAAAUCCGGCCUUUUGUAGAAAAAGUUUGUUGACCCCUUGCUUAUUCUUUUGUUUCAAUUAGAACACUCUCCAGUUGCUUCCCAAGGAAAGAAUGUAUCGAAGUAAGUUUUUUGAGACUGUUAGAAAAUACUGUCACCCUUGCUCAUGACUAAUACUUUGGGUAUAAGAAUUCUGGGUUGAAUAUCAUUUUCCCCCAGAAUUUUGAGCCCUUGCUCCAUUGUCAUUUAGCUUUAGAUAGCACCAUAGAGAAGUUUGGUGCCAUUCUGAUUCCUGAUCCUCUGUGUGUGACCUGUCGUUUUCUCUCUGAGCUUGUAGGGUCUUCUUUUUUUUACUCCCUGGUAUCCUCUCCCUCUCCCUGCCUUCCCCUGCCCCCAGAGCGCUGGUGGCACAGUGAUUAAGCUCUCAGCUGCUAACUGAAAGGUCAUUGGUUCAAACCUACCAACUGCUCCUUGGGAGAAAGAUUGUGGCAGUCUGCUUCUGUAAAGAUUUACAGCCUUGGAAACCGUUUGAGGCAGUUCUACUCUGUCCUAUAGGGUCGCUACGAGUUGGAGUCGACUCCACGGCAACGAGUUUUUAUCCUUUUUUCAUUCAUUGUACUAUCCACUAAGAAAACUCUAUGAUUGUAGAAACCAGUGUCUUUCAGGCCUAGGAUAUUUUCUUGUAUUAUUCCUUUGAUAAUUGUCUAUCCAGAAUUUUUUAACUUUUUUCUGGAAGUCCUGCUAGAUUUUGGGCCUCUUAAAUUGAUCCUUUAAUAUUGCCUUUUUAUUAUUGUUUUUCUCUCCGUUCUCUGUGUAAUUUUGCAUUAAUUUCUGAGAGAGUAGUUCAGUUUAGUUUUCCAACCUUUUAGUUUUUCCAAGGCCUUGUCCUUCUCUGGUGAUUCCCUUUCUGUAGCAUGCUGUUUCAUGGAGGUACUCUUCUCUUUUAUCUCCACACAUUGGCUGUUUCCUUGAGUUGCUUCAGAGGCUUCUCAGUUGUCCCCAUAGCCCUUGAAUCUUUAAGAAGCUGUGUGUGCCUGGGCAGGCUUGUGAGCUGUGGGCUUCACUGAGGGGGUGUCAGGCAGGCAUCGGUUUUGCCCAUCUAGAUGCUCUUUCUUCGAGGCAUCUCAGUUUCUCCAGAUGAGAGUCCUCAGGAACUCCCGCCUAUGGCAGUGAUAUGCCAGGCUGCCAUUGUUUUCAGAGCUGAGCCUGCAAAGGAUCUGGGGGCUGGGUUGAGGAUUUCACUAUUUAGAUAACGUAGAAUUUUACUUCAUUUCCCUGCUUGCGUUAUAACACUUCUCCCUUACCUUCUGAUGGAUUUCAUGUCUGUAUUUGAAGCCUUGUGGUUUAAUUUUUCCUCUUGGUAAACAUCUAGUCUCCUGAUACCAUCAGUUGCUAUGAGUCUAUAGUGUUUUUACUGGCUGAUUUUUUAGAAAUAGAUUGCCAGGCCUUUUAUUCGAGGUACCUCUGAGUAGACUCGAACCUCUCACCUUUGGGUUAACAGCUGAGUGUGUUAGCCAUUUGUACAACCAGGGGCUUCCGAGUCUUCUGAGUUGGAGGAAGGGACCUAGAAAGGUCUAACUGCCCCUGUCAACCAUUCCAAAA